AUGAUUCGUAUGAAAAGUUUUCCACGUAGGGGACGCUGGACUUUUCAACAUUUGAUUCGUUCUGGUUCGGAAGAAUUCGACGAACAGAGAAACGCUAGAACAGAAAUCGAUAAAGUUUGCGUAGAUUUGGUUUCCUGUAUUCCUUCUUUCUUUCCUUUCAGCAUAUUUUUCUCAUUCCUGUGUUCAAUCUUUCUUUUCCUUCAGCCCAUAUUUUUAUCCUUACUGUAUUCUAUCUUUCUUUUCUUUCAGCCUAUAUUUUUCUCCUUCCUGUAUUCCAUCUUUCUUUUCUUUCAGCCUAUAUUUUUCUCCUUCCUCCUAUAUUUUUCUCCUUCUUGUAUUCAAUCUUUCUUUUCCUUCAGCCUAAAUUUUCCCCUUCCUGUAUUCAUUCUUUCUUUUCCUUCAGCCUAUAUUUUUCUCCUUCCUGUAUUCUAUCUUUCUUUUCUUUCAGCCUAUAUUUUUCUCUUUCCUGUAUUUCAUCUUUCUUUUCCUUCAGCCUAUAUUUUUCUCCUUCCCGUAUUCAAUCUUUCUUUUCCUUCAGCCUAUUUUGUUCUCCUUCCUGUAUUCAAUCUUUCUUUUCUUUCAGCCUAUUUUUUCUCCUUCCUGUAUUCAAUCUUUCUUUUCCUUAAGCCUAUAUUUUUCUCCUUCUUGUAUUCUUUUCUUUCAGCCUAUAUUUUUCUCCUUCCUGUAUUCAAUCUUUCUUUUCUUUCAGCCUAUAUUUUUCUCCUUCCUGUAUUCAAUCUUUCUUUUCUUUCUGCCUAUAUUUUCUUUCCUGAUUUACUCUUUCUUUCUUUCUUUUUUCACACUCUUUCUUCAAUCUCUUUCUUUUUUCUUUCACUCUCUUUCUUUCUUAUCUUUCUUCACUUUCUUUCAUUCUUCCUUUCUUCACUCUCUUUUUCUUUCUUUCUGUCUUCACACUCUUUCUUUAUAUCUUUCUUUUUCUUUCUUCACACUCUUUCUUUCUUUCUUUUUUCUUCCUUCACUCUCUUUCUUUCUUCACUCUCUUCUUCACUCUCUUUUUUCUUUUUCUUUCUUCACUCUUUCUUUCUUUUUUUCUUUUCUUUCUUUCUUUCUUUCUUUCUUUCUUUUUCUUUUCUUUCUUUCUUUCUUUCUUCAUUCUCUUUCUUUCUUUCUUUCUUUCUUCACUCUUCUUCGCUUUCUUUCUUUCUUUCUUUCUUUCUUUCUUUCUUUCUUUCUUUCUUUCUUUCUUUUCACUUUACCAUCCAACCAUCCUUUCAUUAUUUAUUCACUUUUUGUCUUUCCAUCCGCUUUUUACACAAAAUCCUUCCUUCUUCCUCUGCCCCCCCAUUAUUCCAUCCAUAA